UACUCACUUUAAGAACCCAAACUGUGUGUAUACUAGAAUGCAAACUCUGAAAUCAUUCCCCAAUCUCUCACUUUCCCAUCUCUACAAUCUUCCCCAAAACCCUUUCUUUUUUCACCUCUUCUCUUCACUGGCCAAAACUCCAAAUCCCAUCCUUUUUGAUUAUCUUAUCAAAACCCUCAAAUUUUCCAAAACCCAAGCCCUCUCUGUCUCCACUCGCUAUUCUCACAUAAAAUCCCUUGAGCAGCCUCAAUCUUUAUGUAAAUAUCUUCAAAGCAUUGGUUUCUCCAAUACCCACAUCCAAUCUUCAAUCAAAAGAGCACCCCAACUUCUCUUUGCUAAAGUUGACAAGACCCUUAAACCAAAGAUUGAGUUUUUAAAAAAUCUGGGUAUUGUUGGUCUUGAGCUAGUUCACCUCAUUUCUAAAAGUUCUAUGAUUUUGAAUGCUAGUUUGGAGAAAAGGAUUGUUCCUUGCAUUGAAAUUUUGAAAGAAGUUUUGGUCAAUGAUGGGGAUAAUAAGGGUUUAGUUAAGGUUUUAUUGAGAAGCAAUCGGAUUAUGGGUAGAGAUCCCAAAUCAUUCUUGUUGUCUAACAUAGCUUUGUUUGAGAGUUAUGGGAUUGUUGGGUCUCAGCUUGCAACAUUGUUGAGUAGAAAUCCUAGGCUUUUUGUUAUGCAAGAAUCAGUCCUUAGAGACCUUCUCUUGAAGGUUUCGAAAAUGGGGUUUUCGGCUGAUUCUAGGAUGUUUGUUCAUGGUGUGUAUGCUCUUAGUUGUGUGAGCGAUGAGACAUUUGAGAGAAAGUUUGGUGUAUUCAAGAGUUUUGGGUUUUCAAUUGAUGAUUUCAUGGGAAUGAUUAGACAAGCCCCGCCUUUGCUUCGGAGUUCUGAGGAGAAGUUGAAGUUGGGAAUUGUUUUCUUUUUGGAUUCAAUUAAGCUUAAAAAGAAGGUGUUGGUUCGUAGACCUACAAUCUUGUUGUACAGCAUGGAAGAAAGAAUUAUUCCUCGAUACCGGAUUUUGGAUCUCUUGAAAUCAAAGAAGCUAUUGAGGAGGGAUCCGAGUUUUCUUAACGUAUUGUAUUUGACUGAUAAUGCGUUCUUGGAGAAGUAUGUAUCAAGGUUUAGAGAUUGUGCAGAAGAAUUAUUAGUUGUUUACGAGGGUCACAUUUUGGAUCCUUCAUCUGAAGGAGAAACAGCUUGA